AUGAGUAACGAUGGAGAAAGGGGGAAAUAUAAGUCACCGGAUGGCUCUAAACUGUGGGAAUAUUUAGCAAUUUUUGUUUGUAAUCUGUUGACUUUGUCCGUUGGUAUAGUGUUAGGAUGGAAUGCACCAACCGUUGUAUUCUUAUUAUCACCGGAUUCACCAAUUCAUUUUACUAGCUCAAAUAUCUCAACUUUAACGGCUGUUAUGUCAGCUGGUAAUAUGUUAGCACCGUUAGUCAGUGUGCUUUUACUUGAUAGAAUUGGAAGAAAAUAUACUAUAUUGUUAUGUAGUCUACCACUCAUCGUUGGUUGGAGUAUGAUCAUGAUGGCGAAAAGCGUAUUGGUGAUGAAUGUGGCUAGGUUUGUUUCUGGGAUUUCUUUGGGAUCUGGCUUAAUCACAGCUACAUCAUACUGUGGUGAAAUAUCUUCAGUAAAGACGCGAGGUGCUAACGUAUCGAUAUUGGCUGUAAUGUUCACGAUUGGUAUCUUAAUGUCUUAUAUAAUAGUGCCAUAUCUGUCGAUGACAAAAGUAGCUGGUAUAUUCCUAUUUUUGUUGAUUUGUUUCGUUGUUCUAUUUUCAUUUAUGCCAGAAUCGCCCUAUUAUUUGGCGAUGAGAGGAAGAAUCGAGGAAGCUGAAGAGGUAUUAGAAAAAUUACGAGGUAAGACUGAUGUAUCUGAAGAAUUAGCAUUGGUUUUGGAAUCCUCAGUGACAAAGAAAAAUAAAAAAUCAACUACUUGGAACAUAUUGAAAGAUAUAUUAAUGAUUAAAGGACAUCGACGAGCCUUAUUUAUCAGCUUUCUCAUUAUCAUAAUUAUACAAUGCGGUGGUUUCGUUACGAUGCUCAUGUACGGACAGUUGAUUUUCUACGAAACAGCAAGUACAAUUUCUGAUUACAAAGCGAACGUAAUUGUUGGUAUUGCAUUAGUGUUAUCUUCCAUCCUUACAAUUUUAUUAGUUGACAAAUUAGGUCGUAAACCAUUUAUCUUUGUAUCCGGUAUCAUGAUUGGCCUUUGUACUCUAACCAUGGCCGUUUAUUUUUAUGCGAAAGAUUAUCUUCUCAUAGAUAUGUCAUCAAACAUUCUUGUAUCAUUAGUUGCACCCAUUUUAGUGGUAUUCUUCGGUAACGCUGGUUUUUCUAAUAUACUGUUGAUCACGACUUCCGAGAUAUUUGCUAUAGAAGUCAAAUCGAUUAGUUCUUGUAUAUACGGAAUUUUUAAUGGUUUAUUAUCGAUCAUCGUUAACAAACUUUAUAUUCAUAUUGCGAUAACUUUAAAUUAUGGUCAUGCUUAUCCCUUUUUUGGAUUUUGUCUCAUCACCUGGCUUACUACAGCUUUGUUGCUUAGUUUAUUACCGGAAACCAAAGGCAAGACUUUUCAAGAAAUUCAAAGAGAAUUUCAAAGUUGA